UGCAACAUAUAAAAAAAGCAAGAAACCUUCAUAUUUGAGAAGAUGAAAUCAGCUCAUUUUUGCUAUUUCUUUCUGACAAUAAACCAAUCGAUUAGUUGAAGAAUAGUUUUAAAGCUGAAACCAGACUUUAGACUUCUGUGCUGUUUCUCAUUUGUUUCUCCUGGGCCUCUGUCUUUGUCCUACUGUGUCUACGUUUUAUAGUAAUGGUGCCUUUGCAAAGGGACAUACAUUUCAGUCAGGUUGCCACCAACCGCCUAUUAGGAUGCUGAUAAGAGGGUGAAGUAAAGUGUAAUCUCUUUGUAUCUUUGUCAUUGUUGUUGACACAGUUUCAAGCUCAGACAGGAGCGCUGAGUUAUUUGAUACUGACUCAAGUGUUCAACCCUCAGUAUGUGGCCACUCCUCUUCACCAGGCAGCGCUCUCUUAGUGGGCGAGUCCCUCAUUCCUGUCCGGACUCCGCUCAGCUCAAGUUUUGUGCAUUUCCAGUUAAGUCGGCAACUCUCUGAGAAAGGUUUCACUCUUAGGAUUUUGACAGUUUUUCUAAGUUUCUCACAAAGAAAUGGUGAGCGUCGACGUCAUCCACUAACGAAUAGCAACAGCUCAAUUCCCUGACAUGGAGGGCAACGGAGAGAUCAGUGACACUGACAGCGGCAUCAUCCUUCAUUCAGGCUCAGACAGCCCAAUGACGCAUACGAAGGAUGUGACCACGCACACGCGGGCCAUGAAGCUCAAACACCAGGCUCUCCAAGACCGACUGGAGCUCUGCCUCCUGGAGUUGAAGAAACUCUGCAUACGAGAAGCUGAGUUGACAGGCCAGCUCUCAGAUGAUUACCCUCUGCUGCCGGGAGAGAAGCCUCCGCAGAUUCGCAGACGUAUUGGAGCUACGUUUAAACUGGACGAGCAAAGCUUCCCUCGAGGAGCAGAGGAGUCAAAACUGAGUUUAGUGGAUGCUGAGUUGGCGCUUCAGAUGAAGAUAUACGAGGCAGCGCGCAAGCUCUGCGAGGAGGAUCACCCGAGUAAGGCUGUUAAAAAGAGCCGUUUACAGCAGUGCAAGAGGGAGGAGAAGAAACUCAAACAGCUGCAGGAGACGGCUUUUCAGCUCCGACUGGAGCGCGGUCGGUCAUCGCCACUCCCUGCUUUCAAUAUUGCACAACACGAUCUGGGUACAUCUGAUGACAGCUCUCUGUCUGAUUCUGUAGUGCAAGAUGAAGAGGUGACAAGUCAGUCAUCACAGCUGUCUUCUGGACUCCCCGACCCAGCAGAGGCCGAUCCUCCCCAGCCUCCUGUGUCCUCACAGUCCUUCAUAGACGGCCCCUACAGGUCUCCAUCUGUGGCUCCACAGUCCCUGCCGGUGACUCCAAGCCAGUCUCCCCGUCCUAAUCUUGACUCUAUGCUGAGUCUAAACUCGAGCCCUGUAUGUGACCUUCCUCCCAUCCAGCACUCCCCGUGGUCAGAGACUAGUCUGGACCAACCUUACCAGAAGAGCAGGAAGUCACGCUCCUCCAGCAAGACGAGCAGUCCAGCCAAAAGUGAAUUGCUGCCACCGUUGGAGGCUUGCUUUGCUUCCCACCUGAGGCUGAGCCGCACUCAGUCGAACAGCACGCCUUCCACACCAGAGAUGCGAGUGCACAGACAACUCUCCCUCAGAAUAUCCAACUCUGAAUCUUCAUUUGAAAAGGACCGCGGUCGCACCAGAGGUCCACGGAGGCGACUGACAGAAUAUUCAAUAACUUUACCAGAGACCCUCCCUCCCACGGUGAACUACGGAAACCACGUUAACUCUGAGGAUAGCAACUCUGAACACUCGUUUACAUCUUACAACAGCUCACCGUGUAAGGAGAUGCCCUGUGAUUCGCCCAAGCAAUAUCAGUCUGCACAUCCGCAUUCUAGCCCAGUUGGCAGCUAUGGACCUCAAGCCUUCGCACGCCCCGGCUUUUACCAUAAUCCCAGGCACCAGUCCAGCACCGGUUUUCCCAAAGCCUAUUACAAUCAGGAAAUGGUCUACCAACACGAUCUGGACUUGGCAGGGAGCUAUUACGCCCAGCCGGCUCCCUGUCCUUCCAACAGAUAUGAGUAUUACUAUAAAGAGGCCACUGUGCCCCACCGGAGAGCACAGAUGCCUUUACUCCCUGAGGUCCGACUCUCCCCCGCCCCGGCUCAAUGGGACCAUCCACACUACCGCCCCAAUGGCCUCCCUCAACAAGUAGUGAAUGAACAGCUUAAGUCAUGGCACCUGCGCAGUCAGCUCAAAUCCCCUCGGUCUCGCUCUCUUGACAGACAGGGAGCAGUGAGAAUUAAAAACGUAUCCACUCGGGAGGCGACCUUCCACCAAAAUCACAAUUACCAUGAACAGGUCUUCCAAAGAAAGGCUCUUCAAAGAGCUGCAGAUGACACUCAAGGCCACUGGGUUGUAGAUGAUGGCUCUCACUUUGUAAGUCAAGUGUAACUCACGGCCACCAAGACCGCAAACUGAACAUUGUGAACUCAGAAGCUACAACUGUAUUCAUUGCCAAUCAACCAAAGUGAAGUUGUUGAAGUCGAAAUAACUGUUGAUCCCCACAAACAUGACUCGUGUUUACCUGUGUUUGGGCGUAUAAAGGGAGAAUUUAAAAAACUGGGACGUCUUUCAAUAUAAUGCAAUUUAGUACAAUAACUACGGCCACCAAUGUUACUGUAAAGUUGUACAUCUCUCUGACCGUCAAAGCAGAGCAGUUGUAUUGGAUUUCAAGCACAACUGUAAAGUGUACUUGUUGUUUUUGUCGACCGUCUGUAUGUUGUUUUGUACUAACGGUUACAAAUUAAGCAUUGAACUGAGUGCUUGUUGGUGAUGUUAGUGAGAGCUGUUUUAACCUGCGACUGUAAAUCUGCUGCCAGCUCAAAAUUGAACAUUCAGUUUCUCAAAAAACAAAUUAUCAGCAAUUUCUGUGUCAUUCAUUACAGGGUUAUUAUGAUAUAAAAAAGCAAUUAUAAAUGAAAUGACAAUUAACAGCAAAUUGGCAGUAGUUCUAAACCAGAAAUGUUCCACAAAAUUGCACAUUGUAGUCAGAUUGUGAAUGUUUUUAAAGUAACUUUUCACAUGUUACUUACAUUUAGGUCAUUGUUGAAGUUAAUCUCCGAUGAAUUAUGAUUAUUUAUUUCAAAAUAGCCACAUGUAAAGCUGUCAACAAAACAGAUUUAGGUACUUAAUAAUACAACAUACAUAGUACUGCAUUAGAUGUGGCUAUCUGUAGCCAAACACACUGCCAUUAAUGCAUACGUCUGUGAGGAUGUGCUCAAGACAGAGAACUUUACUUGUUGCAGUUUGGUAGAUGGAGAAUACAGUGCUCCUUUUCACCAGCUGUAUUAAGGACAUAUAUUCAUUGUGACAUAAUGUAAAUGAGUAGCAUAUCCUUUUUAACUACAUUUUGUGUAUAAUGGUGCCAUGAUUGUGUCACCAUGUUGAUGAACUUGAGCUGCUUAAAUUUAAGAUCCCACUUGUGUCCUCAUGUAAUUUUGGAGGCUAUUUUGUCUUGUUUUUAUACCUUUGUAUGUCUGCGGCUCUGCCAGUUAACUUGAAUUACUAAUGGACUUAAUCAACUAGUUGAAACUAGAUAUUCAUUUACUCACAUGAGUUAUAAAGUAGCAAAUUUAACAAAAGCAGAUUCUUGAUGCUUGGCAGCUAUUGAUGUGUUCACUUGAGAUGUACAUGUCCUGAGCUUUAACAGAAUCUUUAUCAGUGUUUGUGACUAGACGCCAUUCUUGUUGUUAGAACCGAUAAAAUUUCAACUAUGAGGUGAAAUGUAUUUUAAACACUGCCAAUAUGUGAUUCACAAUCAAGUCCCCAAUCAAACAAGCUUUUUAUGAUAGAUCAUAUGAGAAUGAGAGCAAAUUACUGCAAAUUCAACAACAGCUACACACUGACUGGUCUCUCAUUGAUCUAUUUAUGCGUUUAUUUAUUGUGAUGUUUACCAUUGGACCCAUGGAAAGUCAGACUUGAAAUAAAAGAAGACAUGGACCUGAGUUUGCCAAAAACAGCAGCAGUAAAGACUGUCUUAUUGUGUGUAUGUAUAUACAAAAACAGACCACAAUCAUGUUACCUUGUGUGCCUCUUUUUUAUUGUCUUUUUUUAUUUAUCCAUUAAAUUAGUUUAAAUGGACUUAAUAAUAAAGCGUUAUGUUGCUGUUGAUACAUCUGUGAAAAUGUUAACCCUGUGGAGGAAAAUAAAGAGUAAUGUUUGCAUAGUGUUUAAUUUAAUCCCUCCUAUAUGUUUUUUUUUUUUUUUUUUCACGAAACAUUUUUGACAUGUCACAAUAGGAAAAGCAGGUCUAACGAGUAUAAUUAAUGAUGGCUAAAUUCCAUUUAGCUGCUUCAGGUUCAGGGUCCUGGUAUUUGCAUGCUGGCUCACUGUCACAGACUUUUAUCCAGGUCCUUUUUUUUUUUGUGUCAUUUUCUGCUUUAUUUAUCGUGAAUUAUAUCCCCAAGAUAGAUAGUCACUGUAUAGAAAGGUUAACAUACAGUAUUUCUGGCCACAGCAUUUCAAAUACAUCUGAUGUAUAAAAUAUUACACCUCUUGUCUCUGAAAUGUAUUAAAUAAACUAUAUUUGAUAUGGUUUCAAAUACC